AUGACCAACUGCUGCUGUUCCCCUUGCUGCCAGCCUAUCUGCUGUAGGACCACCUGCUGCAGGACCACCUGCUGUAAGCCAACCUGUGUGAGCAGCUGCUGUGAGCCCUGCUGCCAGCCCUGUUGUCAGCCCUGCUGUCAGCCCUGCUGUCAGCCCAGCUGCUGUGAUACCACCUGCUGCAGGACCACCUGCUGUAAGCCAACCUGUGUGAGCAGCUGCUGUGAGCCCUGCUGCCAGCCCUGUUGUCAGCCCUGCUGUCAGCCCUGCUGUCAGCCCAGCUGCUGUGAUACCACCUGCUGCAGGACCACCUGCUGUAAGCCAACCUGUGUGAGCAGCUGCUGUGAGCCCUGCUGCCAGCCCUGUUGUCAGCCCUGCUGUCAGCCCUGCUGUCAGCCCAGCUGCUGUGAUACCACCUGCUGCAGGACCACCUGCUGUAAGCCAACCUGUGUGAACAGCUGCUGUGAGCCCUGCUGUCAGCCCAGCUGCUGUGAUACCACCUGCUGCAGGACCACCUGCUGUAAGCCAACCUGUGUGAGCAGCUGCUGCCAGCCCUGCUGCCAGCCCUGCUGCCAGCCCUGCUGCUGUGAGACUACCUGCUACAAGAUCAUCUGCUGCCAGCCCUGCUGCUGUGAAACUAACUGCUACAAGACCACCUGCUGUAAGCCAACCUGUGUGAGCAGCUGCUGCCAACCCAGCUGCUGUGAAAUCACCUGCUGCAAACCAAAUUGUGUAAGCAGCUGCUGCCAGCCCUGGUGCUGUUAG